AUGUCGAUUGCAGCUCCGCGAGGCCCAGGCGGUCCUCCCAAACGAACGCCAACCGUUCUUGUACGCCCACAAACUGCAGCAAAGUCUGCACACGGGAAAAUGUCCCUCCCACUAACCGGUCGCAAGGUGACGGAUGCGCGCGAACGAGCCGAAAACCGACCAGCACCACGACCGCAAGCCCAGCGCACUGGCACACGCAUCAUCUCCGUCGACAAUGUGCUGCAGUAUGCUUCGGAAAUCCCAUCUGCCCAACGACGAUUACCGCCCGGCCAGCGACCGCUGAAUCACACGAGAACUCCGUCGGGACGACAUCCACUCGACCCGAAGCUGAGUGGGAAGGGCAUCCCACUGAGCGGUGCCCAUAUUCCCGCACGAAGCAGCAAGACGAGCGAGAAGCUCGUGCUGCUGCCCGAAACAAACGAAGAGGACGCUCCGGAAGGAGAUAGCUUCAGUGAUGAGGAUGACAGCGCGCCGCCACGAGACGAGGAGCUCAGAAGGCGACGACAAGGACAGCGACGAGGCAAGAGCGAGGCAGAACGGCUACCCAAGUCGCAGCGCAUAGCGGAUCCUCAGCUCGCGCGUGUCACAGCAUAUUGUAUGGCUCAGAGCUUUAAGCUGAGGAGCACUGCUACCUUCAUUCGCGAUCAGCAUGGCGCCAAGACCAAGCUGUACGAUGACUGCUUGUACUGCGUCUACCAGCUGCCGUUGCUGGGUGGGAGUGACGGCUACAGGGUCAGGAGUAGUCCUUACGUCAAACAUCCUGGUGGGAGAAGUGUCCUAGAUGAGCAGAUUGAAGCCAACGAGAGGAGGCAGUAUCGCGAAGGAUGGGGCGAGGAAAGUGAAGAGUACUCUGUGCGAGGUCACCAUUCAGAAUACCAGGCCAGUCCGCCACCCGAGAUGGAUCCCAUGUCGCAGAAUCACCACCGUGAAGAGGACGGCGGCUGGGACCAGGAACGCGAGGCAGGCAGGCGAGAGUCUAGCGACUCCAACUCUGGCUUCAGCUUCCCAUCACCCCACUCUGGCAUCAACCCGAAUGCGCAUACUGUGGCCGAGCUCUUCAUCUUCAGCUACGGCGUAGCAGUGUUGUGGAACUUCACGCAGAACCAAGAGCGAGACCUGCUCGCUGACUUGACAUUCUCGACGGUGGCGGCCAUGCCAUCUGCAGCACGAAACAACCUGCCUCAGACUCUCUCUGCGAAGACCGCUGCACUUGCGCCUCCAUCAGCUUUGCCACUCAUGACCCGGCCCUUGGACGAGAGCGACUUCGAGACGGAGGAAUUCCACUUCCAAUACGAUCGCGAGGCCGACAAACCACGAAUAUAUAACGACAUGAUCACUCUCCGGACAAGCGAUCACAUGAUCAAGCUCGCCAUGUCUCAUGGGAUAGCUCAAUCGACCAAGCUCUCCUUCUUCGAAGAACGAAUGCAACGAACGAUGGAGUCGGCGCAAUAUGUGCCCCGCCGACUAGCACUCGAGGGCCGACUAGGCAUGGAUCGCAAAGAAAUCGUCAGCCUCGUUGGCAAGCUCUUCGAAGGAAGAGUCGAUGUCAACCUUUCUUCCAACAUGCUCGACACUCCCAACUUCUUCUGGGACGCCGAACCUACAUUACACCCUCUCUACGCUGCCGUCCGCGAAUACCUCGAAAUAAAACCUCGCAUCCAAGUCCUCAACGAGCGAUGUCGGGUCUUCCUCGAUCUGGCCGAGAUCCUGUCGGAUUCGAUUGCCGACGUGAAGAUGACGAGGAUCACCUGGAUCAUUAUUGUGCUCAUCAUUUUGUCUAUCUUGGUCACGUGCACAGAGGUUGUGCUAAGAUUUGCGAUCUUAGCGAAGAGUGGGACGGAGAAAGGUGGUGCGGAAGGCGGAGCUGAAGUGGUGAGAGUUAUGAAAGGAGUUGGGAUCUUGGGAGGAGUGAGGAGACUAAGCGGGAUAGUUUGA